GCGAUUUGACAUUGACAUGACAUUUCGUAAAAUUUGGAAAUUUUCACAAAAUUAAUAAAUAAAAGGAAUUUUCCAAUGAAAUUUCUUGCAAAACAAUGUAAUCAGGUAAAAUUGGGUUUAAUUGCCAUUAGAUUAAGUUGUUCGUUUAUUAUAACAUCUCCGUUUUUCAAGAAAUGAAAUAAUACACGAAUUAUGUGGUCACAUCAAUAUGACGAAAACUUAUCAGCCAAUCCAUUUUUCAAGGAAAUUAACGAAAAUCACAGUGACAUUAUCGAAGAAUCUGCAAUACAAAAUUGGGUGAUAUGCGUCCCUAGAAUAGGAACUGUUGAACCUGAAGAAAUAUCAUCGGAAGUCAUUUUGGAUCACAUAUUAGUUUGCCCAAAGGAGCUCGGUGAAUAUCCUUUUUUUACCCUAACUAAGAAAAGAAUUUGCGUCGAAAACAAACAGAUUAUUACAAAUUCAGAUAACAGCAAAGCGAUAACAGAUAUUCUAUUCGAAGAAACAUUUUACUACAACAAGAGCUCCAAAUUCAUUGUAUGGUGUAUAGACAGACCUCUGUUUUUCAAGCAUAAAUUCUGCGAUUCUCAUUCCAGCAAAAACUUAAUCAUAUUGCACGACUGUAUCGAUUUUUUGUGGUGUGAAAGCCUCAGUCACAAUAUACUCGACUCGAUUAAAAAUGUAGUCAGCACGUUCAAAACAAACUAUCAGUUAGAAAUAGAAAAUCUCCAAACGCAGAAGGAGAUUAUAGGCUGCUUAUUUUCCCAAUGCUUACAAAUAUGUUUCAAAAACGACGUUCUAAAAGAAAAAUGCAGACUCAACGAGCCGUUUAUGGAGAAUCUCAAAGUGGCUGUAGAAACGUACAUGCAAUACUGCCUGGGUAAAAGACUGAUGUUCAGCAUCAACACGAUCAGCCACCACAAAGACGGACACUUGAAUAAGAUCAUAAGGAACUCAUCGCACGUUCAAUACAAACAUUUAGGCAUCGACAGCGACUUCGCCGAUGUAAUUUCAUCAGCCAAAAACGAACUGAAGCAAAUCAACACCUACUGGACCAUAUUGGAUAAAGUCGAAUGUCUCAAAAAAACUUUAAAAUGUAUUUUAGAAUCCGGCAAUGUAGUCAAGAAUUGCAUCACCUCCGACAACGUGCUGCAAAUACUAGCCUUUCUGAUCCUGAAGCUGAACGUUAACAACUGGUACGCCAAUUUAACCUACAUAAAAGAAUUCAAGCUGAGCACUGAGAAUUCCGAUCGGAUCGAGUACUGCAUCGCAUCGUUUGAGGCCGCCGUGGAGUUUGUGAGCAGCAGCGAAUUUUGGUCCAUCAAAACGAACACCCACGAAGAAGUAAUCGAUUUCUUAGAGAAGAAAAUCGAAUCGGGUGAAGCUAAGACCUUGUCAGUGGAGAAACAGAGCCUGAAGAACUUGUGCCACCCGUUGUGCUCCUGUUCGAAUUGCCGAAGUAUUUCUAAAUGCGAAAUAUGGUCGGAUUGCUUCGGAGAUUUGAACGAAUGCUUCCUGAUUUGUGCUGCCAACGCGGGCAAAUGCGAUGUUGUCGAAUACUUGCUCAAUAGAGGAGUGAAUGUCGACUAUUCGGAUUGUUCGGGUAAAACCGCGCUGCAUUACGCCGCUAGUAAAGGCCUGCAAAACGUCGUGUUACUUCUUGUAAACAAAAACUGCAAUGUUAACCAGCUCGACAACGAGAAAAAUACCCCAUUGCAUCUGGCGAGUUUAAACGGGCACGAAAAUUGCAUAAAAGCCCUGAUUUACUCGUCGCCCGAGGUGGACAUCAACGCCACGAAUUCCUUCGGUGAUUCCCCGUUGAUUUUGGCGACGCGAUGGGGCUAUUUGGACUUGGUGAAAAUUCUAUUAGAAAACGGCGCGUCCGUUUCGAUUAAAAACAAACGGAAUCAAACCGUAUUCGACGUCUCGCCUAACUUCUACAUCACCAGAACCUGCGAGAAGUACAGCGCCCGCCAGUUGAAAAAAAUCGACCGAACGACCGAAUCCGAUUCCACCUACCCAACGAACGCCGUGGCGCAUCUCAAAGACGGCUGCAACUCGCACGGAGUCCGUCCCAAAACCACGGAAGAAUUCAAGAAAAUCGACCUGCUGCUGAAAUCCAUCGAAAACAACGACCUCCCUCUAACCUGCUUCUAUUUAGGCUACACCAACACGGCGACCGUCGAGCGGGGCAAGUGCCACCCGUUGUGCCUCUGCGACCAGUGCAUGAUCGCCGACCGCCCGGACGCCGAUCGCAUCGCCAAUCAAUCGAUCAACGUGAACAUGUGCGACGCGAGCGGCCGCACGGCCCUGCACGUGGCCGCGGAAUUCGGCCGCACGGACAUCCUGCGGCUGCUGCUGGACAACGGGGCGCUGCCCAACGCGAAGACUUUUAGGACGCUCCGCACCCCGUUGCAUGUGGCUUGCAUGGAGGGGCGCAUCCGGACGGUGCGGGAGCUGCUGAAGUGCGGCGAUUGCGCGGUGGACGAGCAGGACGCCGACGGUAACACGGCGUUGAGCUACGCUUGCGAGAAGGGCGAUGCCAAGAUCGCGGAGGUGCUGCUGUGCAACGGGGCCGAUUGCAAUAGGAAGAAUUUGGCGGGCAAGAGCGCGCUGUCGCUGAGCGAGGAGAGCAUGCAGUACGGGAUUUACAGGUUGCUGAAGAACAACGUUCAGAAUAUGAUGGAGAGGAACGUUCGGGUGUCUUCUGCUGAGGAUGAUUUCUUUUGAUUGGGGUUACGAGAUGAGAUUGUGGUUGUUUUCCAACCAGUGAAUUGGCUAGUCAUUGUUUAGUUUUCUAAACAUUGUUAAUUAGUACCUAAUUGAAUUGUUUUAUUUGUUCGUUCGGUGUUAUUCUUGUGCGUUUUUAUCAAAGCUUUGUAUUAUUAAAAUUAAGCACAUAACUCAGAUUUUUGUAGACGUAUACAUUUUUGCAUUUUUCAAAUAAAAUUGAAAUUUUUGUAACAGAA